UCCUCCUCGGUCUUUCUUUCCCUUUAGCGGUGAAGGUGCAACAGUAAUCGGUCGUCCCGACUCCGGGUUCAUCCGACACCCUCACCACCCAGCUGAACUGAGCUCUACAGCGGCACCAUGCCUCCCAAAUUCGACCCCAACGAGAUCAAAGUCGUGUUCAUGAGAUGCACAGGAGGAGAAGUCGGAGCCACCUCUGCCCUCGCCCCUAAGAUCGGACCUCUGGGUUUGUCUCCCAAGAAAGUUGGUGACGACAUCGCAAAGGCCACCGGGGACUGGAAGGGUCUGAGGAUCACCGUGAAGCUGACCAUCCAGAACAGACAGGCAGCGAUCGAGGUGGUGCCCUCUGCGUCAGCUCUGAUCAUCAAAGCUCUGAAGGAGCCUCCUCGUGACAGGAAGAAGGUCAAGAACAUCAAGCACAGCGGGACCGUGACCUUCGAGGAGAUCGUGGGCAUCGCUCGUGUCAUGAGACAUCGCUCCAUCGCCAGGGAGCUCUCAGGAACCAUCAAAGAGAUCCUGGGAACCGCCCAGUCUGUCGGCUGCUGCGUGGACAACCGUCCUCCUCACGACAUCAUCGAAGACAUCGACAGCGGCAAAGUGGAGUGUCCGUCUGAGUAACUGGACCAAACAAUAAAGUGUUCUCAAACUGA